CCCUGGCUUUGGACCUCAGAUUGCUGCAGCCCUAGCGUUCCCUGGGCUCAGCUCUUUAGGGCUGCCCAUCCCUCCGGCUGCGAGAAAGGACGCGCGCCCAGCGUAGGGCGAAGAAAAGAAGAAAAACUUGUCGGAGGGGUUUCGCCAGCCCACAUUAACCCCGUUCCCGCAAACCCAAACCUCCCGCGGGGGCCAUCCCAACACUGGGGAAAGUUCCUUCUGAGCCGACAGCCCUCUUGGAUUUGGAGAAGGCAGCCGCGCUGGCUGUGGAAUUAGAUCUAUUUUGAACCCAGUGGAGCGUAUCGCGGGGGCUCGGAAGUCACUGUCUGCGGGCACCCGGUGGCGCUGCCUGUGCGGAACCGAGAGUUUGCGAGACCCGGCUGCAAGUGGCCUUUCCUUCCCGCAGUUGUUGUCCUGUGUCUGGGGUGAGGGCUGCGAGUGUUGUGGCAAGUUGCGAAGAGAGACCCGGAGGUCCAGAGAGAACUGCCCUCCCCCCUCGCUUUCCCUUCUUCCUCUUCCCAGCUCCUGAGGGUGAAAGCCCAUCGAAAUUUACAAAGGCCUCCAGGUUCAGCCAAGACCGGUCCGCAGAGCUUUGCCCCAUCGUCCCCAUCGUCCCCAUUCCCACCCGGAGCACAAGGCGCCUGGGAAGGACUGGCGGGGAGGGGGAGGGAGGUCGCGCCGGCGGCAUGGCGAGGUUCCCGAGGGCCGACCUGGCCGCUGCAGGAGUUGUGUUACUUUGCCACUUUUUAAUGGACCGGUUUCAGUUCACUGAAGGGGAGCCUGGAAACCAAAUCAAUGAUGGGCAAUACCAAGUUGCUCAGGUCUUCCCGCAAGCAGAAGAGGAAAUGGAAGUGGACACACAUGCAUUCAGCCACCGGUGGAAAAGGAGCUUGGAUUCUCUCAAGGCAGCUGACUCUAACCGAGCAAGCAUGGGCCAAGACUCCCCAGAGCCCAGAGGCUUCACAGACCUGCUACUGGACGAUGGGCAGGACAACACCACACAGAUUGAGAGAGUGAAUCUGUCCUUCGAUUUUCCAUUUUAUGGCCAUUUCCUACGUGAAAUCACUGUGGCAACUGGGGGUUUCAUAUACACUGGAGAAGUUGUACAUCGAAUGCUUACGGCCACACAGUACAUAGCGCCUUUAAUGGCAAAUUUCGAUCCCAGUGUAUCCAGAAAUUCAACAGUCAGAUAUUUUGAUAAUGGCACAGCACUUGUUGUCCAGUGGGACCACGUGCAUCUCCAGGAUAAUUACAACCUGGGAAGCUUCACAUUCCAGGCAACCCUCCUCAUGGAUGGACGCAUCAUCUUUGGAUACAAAGAAAUUCCUGUCUUAGUCACACAGAUAAGUUCGACCAAUCACCCAGUGAAAGUGGGGCUGUCUGAUGCCUUUGUCGUUGUCCACAGGAUCCAGCAAAUUCCCAAUGUUCGAAGAAGAACAAUUUAUGAAUACCACCGAGUAGAGCUACAAAUGUCAAAAAUUACCAAUAUUUCAGCUGUGGAGAUGACCCCAUUACCUACAUGCCUCCAGUUUAAUGGUUGUGGCCCCUGUGUAUCCUCUCAGAUUGGCUUCAACUGCAGUUGGUGUAGUAAACUUCAAAGAUGUUCCAGUGGAUUUGAUCGCCAUCGGCAGGACUGGGUGGACAGUGGAUGCCCUGAAGAGUCCAAAGAGAAGAUGUGUGAGAACACGGAGCCAAUGGAAAGUUCUUCUCAAACCACCACAACUGUACAAGCAACAACCACAAAAUUCAGGGUCCUAACGACCACCAGAAGAGCAGUGACAUCCCAGCUGCCCACCAGCCUGCCCACAGAAGAUGAUACCAAGAUAGCACUACAUCUAAAAGAUAAUGGAGCUUCUACAGAUGACAGUGCAGCCGAGAAGAAAGGGGGCACCCUUCAUGCUGGCCUCAUUGUUGGAAUUCUCAUCCUGGUCCUCAUUAUAGUAGCAGCCAUUCUCGUGACCAUCUAUAUGUAUCAUCAUCCAACGUCAGCAGCCAGCAUUUUCUUUAUUGAGAGACGCCCAAGCAGAUGGCCUGCAAUGAAGUUUCGAAGAGGCUCCGGUCAUCCUGCCUACGCUGAAGUUGAACCAGUUGGAGAGAAAGAAGGUUUCAUUGUAUCAGAGCAGUGCUAAAAUUUCUAGGACAGAACAGCACCAGUGCUGGCUUACAGGUGUUAAGACUAAAAAUUUGCCUAUACCUUUAAGACACACACACACACACACACACACACACACGUAUGCACGCACGCAUGCACGCACACACACACAUGAAGGAGCCCUAAGCUGCUGUAGCCUGAAGGAGAUGAGAUUUCUGGACAAGGCCAGCCCUGGAAGGGUAAAAGAAAAACUAAAACUCAUCCAAGGUACCACUGACCAUUGAACAUAGAAUUCCCUAGUGGAAUACCGUUUUAUAGUUCACUCAGAGCAUCUCCUGUGGACUUAGCAGAAGUAUGACAAGAUGACAGUGCAAUUGGCUUAGGUGCAGGGUUGCAAAGGGAUAGAGAACAAACAAUAAUAAUAAAGCUUUAGUUCAUGAGGGAUCUACGCCUUUGGUUCAAAUAUUCUUCUCUGAUGUCUCAAAGAUAACUGUGUUCCAAAGCCUGAACCUUUUCUCUCAAAAGAGCAAUGAUGAAUGUUUCAAGAUUGCUAAGAAAAACAGCUCAUGCAGGAGCAAAAAACAAACCUAAAAUAAGAGGGUUUUCUCUCUUUCCACCAGACACGUGGCGAAAGGAUUUUGUUUUUCUGGUCUAGAUCCACUUGUUCCGACAAGUUCAUUAUUCUACAGAAUGAAUCUUUUAUCUGUGCCUCCUUCUCCCUUGUUAAUGAGUGUCCUUCCUAUGGGCUGUGGCAGAAUUGCCACACUCUUGGCUAAGGAUUAGGAGAGAGGGAGAGGCAAAGGAGAUUUCCGGUUCUCCUGCCUCGGAAUAAAACACUUCUUUUUUUUUUUUUUUAAGAUACAUUGCCUCCGUUUUCCCAACUAUGAAAUCCUAUGAAGCCACAGUUGCUCUUGGCUGAAGGAAACAAUACAAAGAGUCCCUUAAUCGUUUUUGAAGCAAAAACAUUAAGGGAGUCUAAACAUACGUGGGGGGAGGGUUUUGGGGUGUUUUUUUUUUUUCCUUUUUACUUUGUGCUGUUUCAGUACUUAAGGCCCAUGUCAUUGUCAAUUCCUGUCUAAGAAGCCAUUCAAGUCAGCAUAUCCCUGGUGAUAAAAAAGGAUGAAAGAACCCUGCUGAAUCAUACAGUAAUUUUCUUUAAAGCACAUAGUAGUUACAUAAAUAUAUAUAUAAAUAUAUUUUUGUUUAUAACUAACACAAGGCAGGCUCUUGUGACUCAAAGAGUGCAUUUGUCAUCAAGACAAAACAAAUGCGAGAUGCAUUACUGCAUACUUCCAUAGAGUUGUAAAAUAAUCCUUAAUAUUAGAAUAUUUUUAUGUCCCUUAGCAAAAGUGGUUCAAUCAGUCGCAGUGCUGAUCAUUUUCCUGCCUAUUUGAGCCACUCUUUCAUUCCUAUCAACCCCUUCCCUCCCUGGCUAAAGAAAGCAGAUGCAAAAUGCUCCUUAGAUGGAUCUGUCAUUUUGCCCCGUAAUCACCAUCCAGAUUUCAAAACUUCUCCACGAAUGAGGAAAGGAAAGGCAUGGCUUGAGGAGGAAAGUGGUUAAUACGUAUACCGAGCUCCCAACAUUUAAAUUCAGGUCCUGUGUGUACAAGUUCAUCAACAUCUCAACGCAUGAAACUGACAUCCUGUGCCCAGAUGCUGUAGAUUCUCCUAGGGCACAGUGUCCAACAUUUGCAGAUUCAGGUAUCAGGAAGCAGAGAUGUCUUAUAAGCAGCACAUUACUAACAGCUUGGCAUCUGUACACAGUGUCUACAUUGAACAACAUCAGUCUACUAACAGAGUAUCCUAUGUUAUCUUCACAGUUGUCUGACGUAAACUAGUACCGUCUUCAAUCACGUAUAUUUUGCUUUACAUUUUUAAAUACCUGAUGAGGUUAGUAAUUUUUUCCUAACCUACUUAGUUAAAAAUUGAAAAAAAAAAAACAAAACCUGACAAGCAAGGCGAUUGAAGGAUGUGAUGACAAUCUCUCUGCUAUAUCUCCAUUCAGUUUAUAUGAAAUAUCCCAACUUAUUUCUUGUGGAGUAGGUUUGGUCAGAUUAGCAAUAACCAAAUGACUUGCCAAUGUAACUGGUGCAACUGGUAUUCUACAAAGACAUAAGGAACACAUAGACGAUUCCUUUUAGGAUAAGAUGACGCUUCUCCCACUAACUCUUGUGAUAGGUGUGGCUUCCAAUAGCAGUUGAUUGACAGUUAUAUAAAUCUUGUGUAUAUAUAUCCAACUCCUUACACAAUUCUUUGAAGUCGUAAUGUUGUCUUUCUUCCCUUCAGAGCUCAUAUUCCACUUUCUAUUAAAAGAAUUGACAAUUCUGGAAACAAACGAACAAGACAUAAAACUGAAUUGUUCAGUGAACUAAAGCACCUAGUAAUAGGGAAAACUUUUUGGAAGUGUGAGAACACUUCCUAACAAAAGUAGGAGUUAAAGGUGGUGAAAAGUUUCUGCUGUAUAUGAAUCUUUUAGUGGUAAGGAGAAAGGCUGGCUAAUCCUUUUUUUUUCCAUGAAAUUUUGACUCUAUUUUAUAUUUCUGGUUUGUUCCUGGUGCCCAUUUACUGCAAAGGAAGAGCAAACAUACACCAUGUUUCUAGAAAUUCAGAAUGGGCAUUGAUGCUUUGGACUUUACAUACAUUAUAUAUUAGAAGGGGUGCAUCUGUACAUUACUUAAAUACUAUGAACACAGUAGAGAGAGGAUAACAAUUUUAAAAAUAAAAAACAGCAAAGAAACACAUACAGACUUCUGAAGAAAUCUGAUAAAUGGUGCUACAGAGGAAAUAAUAUUUGGUGAUUAGGUAAAGGUAUAAAUGUUAAGAAAAAUGUCUUAAGCCAACCAGAUGGCACGGACCACAGUGUUGGUUGUUUAUGAAGUGUUUAGAUUUUAAGAUACACUAACAAACAGAAAACUAAAGAUCAAUAAUAAAGUACAGUUUACUCCCAUUAUUAUUUUAGUUUGAGAUACCUAGAGCAUUUGCUGAUCUCUCUCACAUGGAGCUUCUAGAGUUGUUCUGUCCAGUAUCCUAUCCACUAGCCAAAUGUGGCUAUUUAAAUUUAAAUUAAUUAAAAUUAAAUUUAAAUUAAUUAAAAUUAAAUUUUAAAAAACCCUCAGUUCUUCAAUCACAUUUUGAAUGCUCGAUGGCCACAUGUGGCUUGUUGGCUUCCAUAUUGGACAACAAAGAACAUUGCCAUCAUUGCAGAAAAUUCUUUUAUACAGUGCUGUAGAGUAGAGGUCUUUCCUUUUAAUUCCCUCUCCUUGAAUAAAAAGGAGAAGGAAGAAAAAGAGAAGAUUUCAUAGUUCUUGGGCAUAUUUAAGUGUUUUUGAUCUCAAAGAGGCAGCAUGCUAUAAUGAAAAGAAUACCAGCUGACACAGCUUUGAGUCUCCACUAUGUUAUCUUGGGAAAAUCACUUUAACUUCCAUGAGUCUCAAUUUACAGUUUUGGAAAAUAAAAAUAUUUUUGUUCUGUC